AAGAUUCCACAAAUAACUCUCAAUUGUCUCUCUCUCUAUUUCUCUCUCUCUCACUCUCUUUCUCUAUUUGGUGAGCUCAGAUCUGACCAGAGAAAGAAACAAUCGGAGAAGAUGACAGACCGAGUCUUCCCAGCUUCCAAACCACCAACCGCCACUAACGGAGUUCCCCCAGUUGGUUCCAUUCCACCUCCCCCUGCUCCGGCCGCCGUAACAGCCAACGGAACAGCUAAUCAGAAACCUCAAGUCUAUAUCCCAGCUAACCGUCCGGUUUACCGUCCUCAGCCUUACAGCCGCCGUCACCACCACCAAUCCCGACCAAGCUGCCGACGAAUUUGCUGCUGCUGCUGUUUCUGGUCGAUUUUGAUAAUUCUCAUCUUAGCUCUCAUGGCCGCAAUCGCCGCCACCGCCAUGUACGUGAUCUACCAUCCUCGUCCGCCGUCCUUCUCCGUCCCGUCGCUCCGAAUCGGACGCGUCAAUCUAACCACCUCGUCUGAUUCCUCCGUGUCGCAUCUCUCUUCCUUGUUCAACUUCACUCUGAUCUCGGAGAAUCCGAACCAGCACCUCACUUUCUCCUACGAUCCUUUCAUCGUCACGAUCGUAACAGCCAAAUCCGGUACGGUUCUCGGAAACGGAACCGUACCGGCAUUUUUCAGCGACAACGGGAACAAGACCUCGUUCCACGGGGUGAUCGCAACGUCUACGACGGCGCGUGAGCUAGAUCCGGAUGAGGCGAAGGAUCUGAAAACAGAUCUGACGCGCGCGCGUGUGGGAUACGAGAUCCAGAUGAGAACGAAAGUGAAGAUGAUGAUGGGGAAGCUGAAGAGUGAAGGAGUAGAGAUCAAAGUGAGCUGUGAAGGAUUUGAAGGAGGUGUACCAAAAGGUAAAACACCAGUCAUAGCAACUUCUAAAAAAACUAAGUGUAAGUCUGAUCUGAGUGUCAAGGUCUGGAAAUGGAGUUUUUAGACUUGGAGAUUUUCAUUAUUUCACAAUUGAAAAUUUUCCAUAUAAAUCUUUAUUUUUAUUUUUAUUUUUAUUUUUUCUGGAUUUUGUAAAACUUUUGGGAAUGAUCCAAAAGAAGAUUUUCUUCA